AAGCCUUCGUCUCUGGCUCCAUCUCUGCCCUUUGGAAUAAAAGAGUAUUUCUUUCCUGUCUUCAGCCCCCCAACUCAUUGAAGGCCCAGCUUGGGACAUUCUUCACUUCCCUUCGCUUCCCCUCUGGGAGCCCCUUUCAGCACCCCUGCACCUUGCUUCGGGCGAUGCCUGAGAGGGAGCUGUGGCCAGCGGGGCCCGGCUCAGAACCCGUGACCCGCGUCGGCAGCUGUGACAGCAUGAUGAGCGCCACCUCCAGCCGCUCUGGAUCUACUGACAGCUACGACUUCCUGUCUGCUGAAGAGAAGGAGUGUCUGCUCUUCCUGGAAGAAACCAUUGGCUCCUUGGAUGCUGAGGCAGACAGCGGACUGUCCACUGACGAGUCUGAGCCAGCCGGCACUCCUCGAGCUUUCAGACCACUCCCUGUCACUCAGCAGACUCCCCAGGGAAAGCCGGAGGCAUCGCUCACUCAGCAAGGACCGGAGCCAAGGAGAGUGACCUUGUCCCCUUCAUCCCAUCCUCCUGAGCCCCCAAGCCUGGGCCUCCGGUCAGGCUCCUACAGCCUCCCCAGAAACAUCCACAUUGGCAGAAACCAGAGCCUCAAGAAAAGCCCGGCCCAGACUAACGGCCACUUCCCCAGAGCAGAACCCAGGAAAGAGCAGCUCAGCCAAGUACAGGCCAGCCCCCGGGGGGCUGCUCUAGACCUGGAAGUGCUGCUCAUCCCCCCGCCAGAGGCUUUCCAGGACACGCAGCCAGCGCAGCGCAGGACACACAGUCUGCCAAAGGGGCCAGGAGGGCAGAGCCACCCACUGCCCUCAUCCCUCAGCUCCCAGAAGAGAGAGGAGAGUUCAGAAGCCAUGUCCCAGCCAGCCAGCGGGAAAGGCUCACUGGGGGGCCCAGGACAACCAUCAGGGCCUCCUCCUGCCCCGGCCUCUCAGAAUGCGGCUUCCGGCCCAUCAGGAGCUGACCCGCAGGCUGGACCAGCUUCCCUUACCGCUCCAAAGCCCCGGAAGCUGCCACCUAACAUUGUUCUGAAGAGCAGCCGGAGCAGUUUCCACAGCCAGCCCCAGCACUUGCUGGCCCGCCACACGGAGGCCCGAGACUCCAACCCGGCCUCCUCUUCUCUGCAAGAGCAGAGGAAAGCACGCAGGGAGGCCCUGGAGAAGCUGGGGCUGCCCCAGGACCAAGAAGAAUGGGGCUCCCGUGGGAGCAAGAUGACCACGACCCUGGGACUCAAGGAGGCUCCGAGGCCUGGCCAAGCCUCAGCCCCAGCCCAGCCAGCAGCUCCAGCUCUGGUCCCUCCAGCGCCUGCGCCUGGAGCAAAGGCUCCAGCUUCAGCAUGGGGGCCUUGGCCAGGGAAGGCUCCUCCAGCCCCGGGGUCCUUUCCAAGCAAGGCUCCUACUCCAGAACCCACCCAGGGGAAAGUGGCAGCUGCUAAAUCCAUGCCGAUUCCUAUCCCGGCAACUGCAAAGACCAAGAGCCCCCUGCCUCAAUCAAAGCCAGGCUCGGGCCUAAUGCUCCAGGAGAGCAGCAUCCCCGGCCUGAGGCAGAUGAGCUUCAAGUCUAACACUCUGGAGCGCUCAGGCGUGGGGCUGAGCAGCUACCUCACAGCUGAGAAAGACCCUGGCCCCCAAACCAGCAAGUCACUGGGGAAGGACUCCUUCUUGGACAAGACUUCCCCCAAUGUCUUGCGAAAUUCCCGGCCCCGGCCUGCCUCCUUGGGCACUGGGAAAGACUUUGCCAGUAUCCAGGUGGGAAAGAUGGCUGACCUGGAACAAGGCCAGAAUCCCAAACGCCUGCCCUACCAAGGCCAGAGCCGUGACAAGCUCCCGAGACCCCCCUGUGUCAGCGUCAAGAUCUCCCCGAAGGGCGUCCCUGAUGGACACAGGAGGGAGGCGCUGAAGAAGCUGGGCUUGCUGAAGGAGUAGACCUCGCCCACCCGGGCCACCAGCUCUGUCCCAACAAAAGACGUGGCUCUGCCUAGCAGCUUUGCAACCUUGCAGCUCUGCAACCUUGCAGCUCAGGACUGAGGCAGGGGCCUGACCUCUCUCAGAUACACUCCACCCUCCAAGGGGAAGAGAGGGAGAGACUUGACACCAAUAUAUAUUCAGAGUGGUUGUACCACUGAGUGCCUGCACUGAUCACCCUGAAGAUGAGUUGCACAAGUGUGUGUGUGUAAUACAGGAUAUAUAUAUAUAUAUACACAUAUAUAUGUAUAUACAUAUAUAUAUAUACACACACACAUAUGUAUAUAUGUCACUGACUAUUUAUAAAACACAAAAGUCAUUGCUCAGAGUUCUAGUCUUGCUGGAGAUUUUCUUAUACAGGGUAGAGUUUAUCCUGCUUCAGAAUAGAGAGGAUGGGAAAGGAGAGAGCUCGAGAAGAAAAGUCAGAUGAGAUGAUGGAUGUGUUAGUAAUGUGCAUUGUACUGUGCACUAAAGAAAAAGGUCAUGUGAAAUACAGAACCUUGCGAUAGGAGACGGGCUCAUGCUGACUGGAUCACUCUCUCAGUUGGACUUCCUGGACGAGGCCUGGGCCCCAGGAGCUGGUUGGUUAUCUCUUCCCCCACUGCCUCCUCGGUAUCACCAGUCCCAGCACAGACCUGUCCCUGGGACUGAAGCUCUUCAUUCGUUGAUAGCAGAGUAGCUCUCCUUGAUCUGAGAAGACAGGAUAAAUGGGUGCACGGUCACUCCUCUGCCUCUACCCCUAGAGUCCUUGUUCAUGGGGUGACAAAAGCAAAAUAAAC